GGAACACCGCGCGGAGCCAUGGCUUCGGUCCCCGCGGAGGCCGAGACCCGGCAGAGGCUGCUGCGCACCGUCAAGAAGGAGGUGAAGCAGAUCAUGGAGGAAGCUGUCACACGCAAAUUUGUCCAUGAAGACAGCAGCCACAUCAUCUCCUUCUGUGCGGCUGUGGAGGCCUGCGUCCUGCAUGGGCUUCGGCGGCGGGCGGCUGGCUUCCUGCGCAGCAACAAGAUCGAAGCUCUCUUCAUGAAAGUGGGCAAGAGCUUCCCACCAGCUGAGGAGCUGAGCCGCAAGGUCCAGGACCUGGAGCAGCUUAUCGAGAACACGAGAAACCAGAUCCAGGGCCUCCAGGAGAAUGUGCGGAAGCUUCCGAAGCUGCACAACCUGUCCCCACUCGCCAUCAAGCACCUGUGGAUCCGCACCGCAUUGUUUGAGAAGGUCCUGGACAAAAUUGUGCAUUACCUUGUGGAAAACAGCAGUAAAUACUACGAGAAGGAAGCUCUCUUGAUGGACCCUGUGGAUGGCCCCAUCCUUGCAUCUUUAUUGGUGGGGCCCUGUGCCCUCGAGUACACCAAGAUGAAGACUGCAGAUCACUUCUGGACCGAUCCCUCAGCUGAUGAGCUAGUCCAGAGGCACUGCAUACACAGCUCGCGCCUGCGGCAGGACUCACCCACCAAGAGGCCAGCCCUCUGUAUCCAGAAGAGGCACUCAAGUGGCAGCAUGGAUGACCGGCCAUCCCUCUCUGCCCGCGACUAUGUGGAGUCUCUACACCAGAACUCCCGUGCCACCCUGCUCUAUGGCAAGAACAACGUUCUGGUUCAGCUGAGGGACGAUAUGGAGUCUGUGCCAGGGUACCUGUCCCUGCACCAGACAGCUGACGUCAUGACCUUGAAGUGGACGCCCCACCAGCUGAUGAAUGGAUCCGUGGGGGACCUGGACUAUGAGAAGAGCAUCUACUGGGACUAUGCCAUGACUAUACGCUUGGAGGAGAUUGUCUACCUGCACUGCCACCAGCAAGUCGACAGCGGUGGGACUGUGGUGCUGGUCAGCCAGGAUGGGAUCCAGAGGCCACCUUUCCGCUUCCCCAAGGGCGGGCACCUCCUGCAGUUCCUCUCGUGCCUGGAGAAUGGGCUGCUUCCACACGGGCAGCUGGACCCGCCGCUGUGGUCCCAGCGGGGGAAGGGCAAAGUGUUCCCUAAGCUACGCAAGCGAAGCCCUCAAGGUUCUGCUGAGUCCACGUCUUCAGACAAGGAAGACGAUGAGGCUACAGAUUACAUGUUCCGGAUCAUCUAUCCUGGCAUGCAGUCUGAAUUCGUUGCCCCCAACCUCUUUGGCAGCACCUCCCCUGUCUCCGUGGGUCCUGCCUGGACGAUGGUUCCUGUAGGCCGGUCAAUGCUGGUGAUGGCCAGGGGGAGUCGCUGGGCACGAGCCAAAUGGGAUGCCACGUUCCCUACACUGGGCCUGAAGGAACAGCCCCCCAUGCCCCAGGAUCUGAUGGAAGUCUCAGUAAGCAACCUCCCAUCCCUGUGGCAACCCAGUCCCCGGAAAUCCUCUUGUUCAUCCUGUUCACAGAGUGGCUCAGCUGAUGGCAGCUCAACCAAUGGUUGCAACCAUGAAAGGGCUCCCCUGAAACUUCUCUGUGACAACAUGAAGUACCAGAUCCUUUCCAGAGCCUUCUAUGGAUGGCUUGCCUACUGCAGACACUUGUCCACUGUGAGGACCCACUUGUCAGCCCUGGUCAAUCACAUGAUCGUGUCUCCAGACUUGCCCUGUGAUUCUGGACAGGGACUGACGGCCGGGAUCUGGGAGCAGUACCUUCAGGACAGCACAAGUUACGAACCGCAGGAGCUGCUGCGUCUCAUUUACUACGGAGGCAUCCAGCCAGAGAUCCGCAAGGCCGUGUGGCCCUUCCUCCUGGGCCACUACCAGUUCGGGAUGACAGAAACAGAAAGAAAGGAGGUGGAUGAGCAGAUUCAUGCCUGCUACGCACAGACCAUGGCCGAGUGGCUGGGCUGCGAAGCAAUCGUGCGACAGAGGGAGCGGGAGUCACAUGCUGCAGCUCUGGCCAAAUGCUCCUCGGGAGCCAGCCUAGACAGCCACCUGCACCGAAUGAUGCACAGAGACUCCACCAUCAGCAAUGAGUCCUCCCAGAGCUGCAGCUUGGGCCAGCAGAACAUCCGCCUGCACAGUGACUCCAGCAGCAGCACACAGGUGUUUGAGUCUGUUGAUGAGGUGGAGCAGGUGGAAACUGAAGGCAGGUUGGAAGGGAAACAGCCCAAGAUCCCGAAUGGGAACCUGGUGAACGGCACUUGUUCCCCAGACUCUGGGCAUCCCUCCUCCCAUAACUUCUCCUCGGGCCUCUCGGAGCACUCGGAGCCCAGUCUGAGCACAGAAGACAGUGUCCUGGAUGCCCAGCGGAAUAUCCCCCCAGUGCUGCAACCCAGGGACAGCAGCAUGGAUGACAGGCAGAGCAGUGAGGCCACCACUUCCCAGGACGAGGCUCGUGAGGAGCUGGCUGUGCAGGACAGCCUGGAGAGUGACCUCCUUGCCAACGAGAGCAUGGAUGAGUUCAUGUCCAUCACUGGCAGCAUGGACGUGGCCCUGCCUGAAAAGGAUGAUACUGUGAUGGAGAGCUGGCGGGGCAGCGAGGCAGAGAAACGUAGCCAGAUGGACAGUGAGGACAACCUCUCAGAGGAGCCUGAGAUGGAAAGCCUCUUCCCUGCGCUGGCUUCUCUGGUUGUGACCACUUCUGCCAACAAUGAGAUGUCCCCUGUGUCGUCCAGUGGUGUCACCUACUCUCCGGAGCUGCUGGACCUAUAUACAGUGAAUCUGCAUCGCAUCGAGAAGGAUGUGCAGAGGUGUGACCGCAACUACUGGUACUUCACCCCUGCCAACUUGGAGAAGCUGCGCAACAUCAUGUGCAGCUACGUCUGGCAGCACAUUGAGAUCGGCUAUGUCCAGGGCAUGUGUGACCUUCUGGCUCCACUGCUGGUCAUUCUGGAUGAUGAAGCCCUCGCCUUCAGCUGCUUCACAGAGCUCAUGAAGAGGAUGAACCAGAACUUACCCCAUGGAGGCGCCAUGGACACACACUUUGCAAACAUGAGGUCACUGAUCCAGAUCCUGGACUCAGAGCUAUUUGAGCUGAUGCAUCAGAAUGGGGACUACACUCACUUUUACUUCUGCUAUCGCUGGUUCCUGCUGGAUUUUAAGCGAGACCUGCUGGAACCAGCCUGCCUCUCCCUGCCGGCUCUGCCAUGGGAGCGUGCUGACAGCCCCAUCCACGAUGAGAUCUGAGACUGCUGGCUUUACCCAGCAAUCACGCCCCCCUACCCGGGGCCUACUGGCUCAGCAGUUGCUUUUCUACUCCUGAUGUCCUUAAUCCCCAUGGAUCCUCAACCAUAACCAUGGUCACGCGGGUCGAGGUCGGCUCCAUAGCAUCCCUGACUACAGUGCCAGGCCUGGGUGAUAUUGGC